AUGGAGUCAUCCGACAAAGUAAUUAAAAGCCAUAUUUUAUUUUAUCGGGGUGCAUGGCAGUUAAUUUUUUACAAACUUUGCGAGUUUCACUUAUUAUAUUACACAAUCAAAGUAUAAAUGCUAAAUUUAAAAAAAAAAACGUACCGUGUAUGUAAAUUCUUUUGUUUUAAAUAGAAUUUACAUAGCAAUAAAUUGUUUUAUAUAACAAUUAGAACUUAGAUAUCAAUUCUUUUUUUGUAAAAUCAGACUCAUUUCUCCGUACCCAACUCUCUUUUUCACAAUAAUUUAUGUUUUUUUGUGGGAUAUCCAUUUCGAACCGAAUAACUGUUUUUUUUUUCCGUACAAUCAUUUUUUAUACCGACAAUUCCCAAUUUAUAUGAAAUAUUUGUAAUUGUAUACGUAUAUAUACUAUGUCUAAUUGCAUUAUGUUAAAAAAAAUUCAAUUAGUGUUCACAAUCUUUGGAAAAAGAACAAAUGCAUGACGUCAUGAUUUAUAUUGACGAUAACGAUAUAGAUGUUAAAUACAAUAACAGUUCACGUGAUAAAAGCGCAUGUAAUAGCGGACGUGGUCCAGAAGAAAAUGUGUGUCCAAAUGUCGUAAGUUCAAAAUUAUUGCGAAAAUUUUUGAAUAAAUUUAAUUUAGUCACACUAGUGUUUUUAAACAAAUUUGAUAUUUUUGUUUUUAUUUUUUUUUUUUUUUUAACUUCUGAUAAACUAUAUAGUUACGGGCUAAUUCUGCCAUCAAAACUCACCCCUUGACGCUGCUAUAGAAAACAAACAUAACAUUAUAUUAAUUACGAUAUUUAAUCAAAAUAUAUAUAUAAAUAUAAGUGCUUGUAUAAAAUAAUUUUUCAAAUUUUAUAUUGUAUGCUAAGUAUUGAAAUAUUAUUAAUAUUUCCCUGUAAAGUAUACAAGUAAACCAAAAUAUUCUGUAAUUAAUAAUUGUUUUUAUUGGUUGAAUUUGCUAGGUGCUUUAAUUUUAUCAUACGUAGUGCUUCUUUUAAAUAAAUUGUCGGACAAAAUAGAAAUUUUUCGGAGAAUUUUCUACUAACGAUUGAAUUAUCUGUUAAAACUCGUACAAUAAUAGAGUAAUUAUUACACUAAACUGAUCGACUCGGUGAAACACACUAGACUUCUUGUAUCAAUCUUGUUUGAUCAUUUCCGUGAAUUGAAUACAAGUAGGUACCUAAUUGAAACAAAAUUCAUGUCGUUUUUCUUCUUCGCGUUUGUCCCUCACGAACUAUUCUUAUUUUCGCCAACCACCAUCCACAUCUCCCCUAUGCGUAUACAUCAACAUUAGUAAUGGCCCAUUACUUCAUAUUAUAUUCCACAUGACCUCGUCGUAUCUUCUUUAACAUAACACAGUUUAUUUUCGUGUUUCUAAUUUUAAAACCUAAUACUGAUACAGAACGUAAAGAUAAAAUAAUCGCGAAAUAACUAUUUAUACUAUUUAUAAUGUUUAGUUCGUAUACGAAACUAUACACACAGAUGAGCAAUUUUAAGUUUUUAUAAUAUACGUGUAUUAGCUGUAUUUCAAUUGAAACGUGUAGGUGAUACCGUUGGUGGAAAUACGCGAUGUUUCAAAUGGUGUAAUACCGAAUCCACCAUCAGAAGAGAGUAAUCAUAGCAAGAAAAAUAUUAGAUUGAAGGGCGGCGAUGAUAAUAAUCCGAAUUUUAAUCUGAACUCCUAUGCUGAUCAAUUCCAAUCGAAACAAAUAAGAACAGCCUUUAUCAAAAAAGUUUACAGCAUAAUAUUGAUCAUGUUGGUAGUAGUAGCUUUGCCGUCGUUUAUAUUUAAUUACUCGUAAGUAUCGAACAGACAAAUAAUAAGUACCAUCUAUAUAGUGUAAUAACUAACAAGUCGCUACAAUUGCAAUACACGAAUUAAACAACCUACCCAUAACAACUGUCAAGUUACGUUUUGUUUCUUUUCAGAAAUGAGACGCGUGAAUUUCAAGAGAAAUAUUUGAUGCUUAUUGCUGUAGAAUCGAUGUAAUAAGUAUAUAUUUUACAAAAUCGUAUUUUUUUUCUAGCUUUACAGUGAUCAAUACCAUUAUUAUAUUUCAGGUUUGUAUUUUUAGUAACUUUUUACGCAUUGACUUGUUAUGAAUAUGUCCGAAAGAGUGUACCGACCAAUUUAAUAGUUCUUACACUUUACGUAUGUAUAAAAAAUGUUUGAAAUGUAUUGGUGGACUAUGGACCCAUGUUCAGAUGUUCUUUUAUGUAUCCGAUAUGCGUGUAACUGUAUAAUAUAUGUAAUAAUAAUUAUACAGGUGACUAAUAUCCAACGGCUAAGUAAGAAAACGGAAUCAAAUAAAAACAAUUUAUAUGAGCUUUGGGUCCUUAAACGUGGUUUUGUUAGCGUUUAAACUCUGCGGUUUUUGACCCAGGGUCGUGAUCCACAAAGGGGUUAUAAGUGAUAAUUGGGGGUCGUGAAAAAACCACGAGUACCACGUAUACUGUAUACCGUGGUAUUGACAUUUUAUUAAACAAUUUUCGAGUGGAUCUUCUUAAACUACAAAAAAAAUUAGAGGUUAUAAUUCCUAAAUAGUUGAAAAUAACUCGCCGUAUGGUGAACCCACAUAAUUAAAUACCAAUCGAUCUCUGUUCUAAAACUGUACAUCUGCCUUAUUAAAUAUAUAAACUUGUGAAUCCACCUGAUUAAAUUUCAAUUGAUCCAAUUGCUAAAAAACUAUAAUAUUACUCAAGCUGAGCAAUCACUCACGUUUUCUUACUUGGUCCCUAUACAUUAAUAAUUGGAGAUUUGUCAUUGACGAUUUGUAUACAUUUGUACAUUUGUAUACAAUUUGCAUAUACACUGUUUUGUAUUGUAACAUUCUUAGUCUGCUUCUUUGGGCGGUUCAAUAAGCUGUGUUAUAAUUCACUACAGAAUGGAAUUCAUUGUAAUGGCAUUAGUAUAUACAAUUGGACUAACUUUAACAAUCACAAUAUUAGCUGCGUGUUGCCCGGCAAGUAUUAACUUUAAUAUUAUAUAACUUUCAGAAAGUAAAUAUCUGAAUUAAUUAUAAUAUUAUAUAAUAUCUUAUUUAAGAGAGAUUAAUAAUUAAAAAAAAAAGCUUCGGAAUUACAACAGGCCUUGUUUUUAUGAGUUUUUGUUUUGUUUUAUAAUGAAUUAAUUAGUUUAAAUAUUUGAUAUAAUCAAUGUAGUCAACAUUAAUGAAAAUCACAUAUUUUCCUAACACGAUUACUGUUUGAAGCAUAUUUAAAAAAAAAAAAAAAAAAAUAUUUAUUAAUUAUUUCAUACUCCGGAUUCUAUGAAAUUACUAGAAAUGGAAAAAAAAAAUUAAAGCAGAAAUAUUGAGAUGUAAAUGUUAUUUAUUAAAAUGUUUAAUUAUUUUUCAGAUUGAUAUUACAAAAUUCGGAAUACUCAUUACUGUAAUGGGAAUGAUAAUUUUCAUAUUUACACUCAUAACUUAUUUCUUUCUUAUUUUGUAUUACCAUGAGAUUAAAUUAGCACAAUUGAUUAUGGGAGCUGUUGGAGUUUUCAUCUUUUCAAUCGUAAGUAUUUACAUUAUGAUAUAAUUUAAUGUAUAAAAAUAAUUAAUUAUUGUCUAAACUAUAAUUCAUAGUUAGUAAGUGGUAUGUAUACCUAUUAAGGAACUUAAUAAUAUCUAAUACAUAAUAAUAUAAAUAAAUAAAUAUUGUAUUACAGAUGUUAUUGUAUCGUAUCUUUAAUAUUUAAUUAAAUUAGGUAUUCAACCAAAAAUUAAUUACUUAGAUCGGUGUAUAACUGUUAUCAUUAUUAGAGAGGCUGAAUAUAAAUCAUUUAUCUAGUUUCUCUAGUUAUUAUUUCUAUAAAAUUUACGGAUUUUUAAAAAAUUAAUUUUUUAAAUUUAAUAAUUCGAAGCAGGAUACUCUUCUAGUAAAUGAAUGUAUCGUACAUUUUAUGGUAACAAUUGGUUAUUGUUUGAUAUUCACUUAGUUUAAACAACAUGUUGUACUAUACCUACUUGAAUGCCGAUUAUUUUUGUUUUUUUUUUUUAGUUUUUGGCAUACAACACUCAGAUGGUUCUUGGUGGCGGAAAAUACGAAAUUACACCGGAUGAAUACAUUUUAGCUGUGGUUGUCAUAUUAACAAACAUUGUAGACAUAUUUUGGUCUAUCUUAUUACUGAUGAGUGGAUUAGAAAAAUGA